GCUCUCUGUUUCCUGCUCCUCUUUCCCUCUCUCUCCCUCCAACGUGACGCCGCCGCCAUGGCCGUGAUCUCUGAGGUCGAGGAAGAGGCGCAAGAGCAGCAAAACCCCUCUUCCUCUUCUCCGCCCCCCGCUCCGCAGGCGGAUCCCGAUGAGGAGUCCUUGGCCUCGGUGCUCGCCAAAAAGGGGCCGAUGCCCUUCCUCGAGGCUGCCAUCGACCUCGUUAGACGGCAGUCAGAUUUCUUCACAGAUGAGGCGGCGGUGACAAAGGUCGUACGAGCGGUGACCGCCGCCAAGGAGAAGGUCGACGCCGAGGAGAGGCUGAAGAAAAGGGCGGCAGAUGAGGCUGCCAAGGCCGAGAAGCGGCUCAAGGAGGCGGCACAGAAGGCCGCUGAGAAGACGGAGGCCAAGGAUCAGAAGACGGAGGCCGCUGCGGCGGCCAAGGAUGAGGAGAAGGAGGGUGUCCGGAAGCCAAAUUCUGGAAAUGGUCUGGACUUAGAUAAUUAUUCUUGGACACAAACACUUCAAGAGGUCACCGUGAGCAUUCCAGUUCCUCAGGGGACAAAAUCAAGGUUUGUUACUUGCGAGAUAAAGAAGACUCAUCUGAAGGUUGGCUUAAGGGGACAACCUCUAAUUAUCGAUGGGGAUCUUUAUCAACCAGUGAAAGCAGAAGAUUGUUUUUGGAGCAUAGAGGAUGGAAAAUUCAUUUCUGUACUUUUGACCAAGCAAAAUCAGAUGGAAUGGUGGAAAUGUGUGGUAAAGGGUGACCCUGAAAUUGAUACGCAGAAAGUAGAACCUGAGAAUAGCAAGUUAUCUGAUCUGGAUCCUGAAACUCGGCAAACUGUAGAGAAAAUGAUGUUUGACCAGCGACAGAAAUCCAUGGGUCUUCCAACAAGUGAUGAGAUGCAGAAGCAGGAAAUUCUCAAAAAGUUCAUGGCCCAGCACCCAGAGAUGGACUUUUCAAGGGCAAAACUAGGCUAAGAUUUCCUUUUUCUGCUUGCAAAUAAGUUAUAAAUGCAGCAGCUCUUCAAGCUCAAGGAUACCUGAUAAUGGAAUUAGGAAAAUCAUGCUCUUAAGCAGUUGUCAGUUUGGCAGAUUGGUUGAAGAUCCUUUUGCAGCCCUCCUUUUCUGUUCCUUGUUUUCCUUAGUAGUGCUUAGUAGUACAAUCAUCUGCCAUGUUUUGUGAACUUGAGGGACUAAUUGAUCUCUUGGUAACGGAAAAAGCCGUGAUGUUUGCAACUGAAACUUGCAUCUAUGUUUUGCUUGUGGAGGUAUUACUUUUCAUGGUUGGGACCUUGUUGCCUUUGUGACAUUGUGGUACUUUGGGCGUUUAUGCCGCUUGCUAUGAAGUUGUUUAUGUCAA